AAAGGCUAUGGUCUUGGAUCUGGAAUAUCUCUGUUUAUUGCCACUAACAUUUGCGAAACCAUAGUUUGGAAAGCAUUUUCGCCAGCAACCAUGAAUACUGGCCGAGGAACAGAAUUUGAAGGUGCCGUCAUCGCACUGUUCCAUUUGUUGGCCACUCGCACGGACAAGGUUCGAGCUCUUCGAGAAGCUUUCUACCGUAAUAAUCUGCCUAACCUGAUGAACCUGAUGGCUACAUUUGUCGUGUUCGGAGUGGUUAUCUACUUCCAGGGCUUCCGUGUUGAUCUCCCAAUCAAAUCCGCUAGGUAUCGAGGACAGUACAGUAGUUAUCCCAUCAAGCUUUUCUACACCUCCAACAUCCCUAUUAUUCUCCAAUCCGCUCUCGUUUCCAACCUCUAUGUCAUUUCUCAGAUGCUCGCAGCUAAAUUUGGAGGGAACUUCCUUGUGAACAUUCUCGGAACAUGGUCAGAUGCCUCUGGAAGCUAUCGUAGUUACCCAACUGGAGGUAUCUGCUACUACCUCUCACCACCGGACACCCUCUCUCAUGUUCUUGAGGAUCCGAUCCACUGCAUUGUCUACAUAGUGUUUAUGCUUGGAUCCUGUGCAUUCUUCUCGAAGACAUGGAUUGAUGUGUCUGGCUCCUCUGCAAAGGAUGUGGCUAAACAACUGAAAGAGCAGCAAAUGGUGAUGCGUGGUCACCGGGAGAAGUCCAUGAUUCACGAGCUCAACCGGUACAUCCCAACAGCAGCUGCUUUUGGUGGUUUGUGUAUUGGAGCCCUGUCAGUAACUGCAGACUUCAUGGGAGCCAUAGGAAGUGGUACUGGUAUCCUUCUUGCAGUCACGAUUAUCUAUCAAUAUUUCGAGAUCUUUGUCAAAGAGCAACAAGAGAUGGGAGGCAUGGCUGCCAUGUUCUUCUAA